AUGAAAACAUUUACUUUAUAUUUAAAAAUUUUUACAUUUCUUCUUUUAAUUUGGAUAUUCCAUUGUCUUUACAACUAUGAUUCCAGUAAGUCUUUGAUUAAUAGAGAUACAUUACAAGCAAAAAUUGGGUUAAAACACGAAAGAAUGUUAGCAGAGGGUGAUAUAUCAGAUAAAAAAUCAGCUUAUUUUAAAAAACGUGUAGAACAUUAUCCAUCUGGUGAAAAGGAGUUUUUACUUCAUGAAUUGGUUCAUUUAAUGUAUAUGUAUAUUGAAUGUUAUAACGCUAAUAUUAAAACAAACAUUGUAGAUAAUGUUUUAUUAAAUGAAGAAAAUGAAAUAAGAUAUAUAUGUAGAAAUAAAAUAUUGAAUGCUUAUCGAAAUAAUAUUUCAGAAGAAAGGCGUUUAGAAGAAUUUUAG